AUGCGAGAAGUAACUCCUACAAAGGGAAGAAGGCGAACAGUGCAGCCUGAAGCUACUAAAGAAAUUCCAACUAGGCGUAAAUCAGCCCAGAUAAACAAAGCCAGAGAGUUUGUGUGUGAUGUGCAAAAAACCAUCCAGAAGCUGCUGGACCAAGAGGACACUACGAAAGAUGGAACAAUUACAGUAGAUGAUGCAGGCCCUAAGAAGUAUCUAAUUGACGGGCAGUAUGGAGAUCAAAUCUGGCUGGAGGGAAACUACUGCAUCUCCACUCUUUUGCAGGAAUUGGCUCUAGUCGACAUAAACCUUAAGACAGUUAUAGUUCCUGAGAAAAUCAUAAAUGAGCACACUAUAAAUAGGCUCACAAGGCUCAUCAAAACCUGUUUCUGGCCUAAUCUCAGGCGAGUGCUUGAUCUGAAUGGGCUAAAGCUAGCGCUAAUUGACACAAAAAUAUCACGAGUAGAGUACUUCCUUUAUGUUCCGUCGUUUGACACAGAGAGCAUCCAGUACUACAAAGAAAUAAUUGCAAGCCUAGCAGAUUCUGGUUUUCUAGUGCGAAUGAUUAAGCUGAGAACUAGUAAGGCAUGCCAGGCAGGUGUUUUCUUUGCAGACACUCUUGUUUCCCGAGAAGCCUUGUGCGAUACAGCACCAGGCCUCCUGUCGCUCUCGCACACAUAUUUUUUUAUCUCACCCGCAGAGCUAGCGGAUGCCUCUCAGGCAGAGCAGGCGGCGUACUGCACAAAACCAAAGGCCUUUGAAGAAGAAAUCAAGCAGGAGAACAAAAAAGUGCCAUUUGCAGAGGCAUGGCACAAUCCACAGAUACCGCCAGAAAACAGAGGAGGUUAUAUUAGGCAGGGUAAAGGUCCAUGUCCAUUCUAUGUGCCAGGUGGCCGGUUUAAUGAAAUGUACGGAUGGGACUCCUACUUCAUUGCAAAGGGUCUUAUCUUGUCAAACCAACUGUCAGAGGCCUUUUCCAUAGCAGAGAACCUGAGAUACCAAAUCGAAGCGUAUGGAAAAAUACUCAACGCAAAUAGGUCUUACUAUCUAUUUCGUGGAAAUCCCCCUCUGUUCUCAACUCUUGUAGUAGAGCUUAUAUCGCAUCUUACAGCGCAAGAGAGAAACUCACUUGAGGGAUGGAUAGAGAAAGCAGUGGACGCAAUGAUCAGCGAAUACUACUACUUCCACAGAGGGUACAAUGAAGAAAUACACCUCACACGGCAUGCACCUGGAGGAAAAGGAAUCCCUCUAGAAACAGAAGAGGGACAUUUCUUUGCAGCAAUUCGGGAGAUAGUGCCAGAGGCUGCUAAUUGGUCAGCAAGUGAUCUUAACGAGUACAUUGCGAAAUACAACAGAGGAGAGGUAGUUUCGGAAGAACUUGAAGAGUUUUUGCAAAAUGAUCGGGCAGUGCGGGAGUCAGGGCACGAUACUUCAAAGAGAGUUGAAGGCAUUGCAUCACAUCUGUACACAGUUGACCUAAACUCACUGCUGUACAAGACAGAGCAGGAUAUUCUAAAGCUGCGGCAUGUUCCUGAGAUAGAAAAAAUAUCAAAUAGAAGGAAAGCAGCCAUUAAUACAAUUCUGUGGAACGGAGAGGCAUACUACGACUACAACAUUAAGAGCAACAAACUAAGUGACUAUAAGGGUGCCACUACUCUGUAUCCGCUAUUUACAAGAGCAGCAGAAGAGAAAAAGGCUGAAAUACUGGUGCACGGUCUGGGUGAUCUGAUUGGGGCAGGAGGAAUAUUCACAGGAACUGAAGAAAGCUGUGCUGUGGGAGCAGAAAAAAGUGAAACACAAAAACAGUGGGACUAUCCAUAUGGAUGGGCCCCUCACCAGAUGCUUGGGUGGAUAGGCCUAGUGAACUAUGGGUAUGCUGAUCUGGCGAAAAGCCUAGCCCUAAAAUGGUGCACAAUGGUAGGAAAGCUUUUUGCGCGAUAUAACGGAGUGGUUACUGAGAAGUACAAUAUAAAGACAGGCUCGCACAAAGUGAACGUAGAGUACGGAAACAUUGGGGCCCAGAUACGCCAUGUGCCAAGAGAAGGGUUUGGAUGGACAAAUACAUCGUGGCUUGUGGGCUUGGCCCUUCUUGGGGAAAGCGGCCAGAGAAAGCUCUACGCACAAAUUGUUCUAGAGUAA